AUGACCACUGCCAUUGUCUCCACAACAGUCGGAACUAACGAGCCAACAUACGUACAUGUGGCCAACUCAAAUCCUACGAGGACACUCUACUUGACUGCCGCCACGCAGUUCCUCGACGUGGUCUAUGCCACCGCGCCCAUUGCCGACGUCUCAGAGUACACAUACUACUACUCAGGCUUCACCAUCAAGUUGAUAUGUGACGCUUCGCUCAACUGCUCGUCGAGCGCACCGACAGAGUUGCCCGCACCACUCACCCCAGACGCCGGCCCGACGCCCCCUGCCGAGGGCGCGUCCUUCACCAUCACACCCGCGCAACUCAAUAUCAAGUACCGAUCGGCCACGCCAGCCGACGAUCUGACCGCCCUCACCACGGGCAACCCGCGACUCAACUUCACGUUUGUCGACAAGCAAGCGGCCGUGCUCCAAAAGACUCAGUUUGGCGGCGAGUAUGAGGCCACCCCAGAGGGUCGCCGAUUCCUCUCGCUAAGGUCGCCAGGAGGUGAAGACCGCGGUCUAUGUAAUGUCCAAACCUUCAUGGAAGCCACAGACAAUGUGUAUGGACUUGGCAGCGCGUGGCUAAUGUCUGGCUACUUCAACACGAAGCCUCUACAACUGGUGGCUGGCAACUACACCAAUGGCGUGUUCUUUGGAACACUUGGCGUCGAGGUGGCCAACGCCACAAUGAUCACAGUGAGCGAUGCCUACAAGAACGAGUCGCCGGCCAAGCCCACCAGUGACAAGAUCAUCUGUGAGGCCGCGGCCCCCUAUGUUCCCGAUGUGAGCUCGCUGUACACAAAGUACCCGUUCAACGCAGGUAUCCCCGAGUCGGUCGUCUUCUCAUUGGUGUGCACCAACAAGACUGAGGGCGGCCCUCGCUCUCCAUCGUCCGAGGGAUACAUGCUUGAGCCAUAUAACCAGGAGUAUCUGACCACGCCACUCAUCCCUGAUGCGCCAAUCAUCUACCUCAAUGAGAACGUCACCUACUCCAUUUUCAAGGUUAUAUCCACCAAUCAAAAUCAACAAGUUACCUUUGCCUAUGGAAGCUACAAUCGUAUUGCCGACAUUAAUUAUGGUACAGGAACUGUCCUGAGCACACCAGCAAUCGAUGCCGAGACCCAGGCCAUGCAAUUGGAGUACCCUACAACUGGUAUGCCACCCUUGCCACCAUUCGUGUCAGAGUUCAAGGUGUCAGUCACUCAACCAAUGUACAAAUGCUCAUUGUUGAUGUCCUAUGUGGUGAGGAUCGACAAGACUAUCAUCCAUAUCGAGGACGAUCCACUCUCACACUGUGUCAGCGACAAUGAGUUGAAGUUCAUUGUCACUGUUCCCAAGGUACUCUUGCGUGAGGUGGGCUCCAGCCUGCUGUGCAACGUCACACUGGAGCUAUUCAAUCUCCAGGGUCGUGUUCAGACAUACACAGUGGACACGGCCAUUGCAAUCAACAAUGACCUCCCAUUGGGCUACCGUGAUGGACUAAGUGUGGCCCUGAGCAACUACGCCUCGGGUGUCAACACCAAGCCCAGCCCACAAGUGAUCACUGUCAACACCAAGUACACCAACCUCAGGCAGACAUUCGAAGCUCUGACCUACCCAGACAUCACUCAUACAUUCGAUCAAACGUUGUUGCCGGCAACUGGUGGCGUGAAACUGAGAUACCCCUUUGGCCUGGUCGAUGGCACGUUCGUGACAGGCACCGUACAAUACCAGACAUUGAUCCCACCCCUCACCGAUGUGUUGUUCACGACGACUGUCAAGGUGGGCGACUCACCCGCAAACCAGAACAAGAUGUACUCGCAGCUGAGCGGCAGCCCCAGUGCCGGUAUCGACAGGUCUGGCCCCGCACUCAACUCCUUCAUCAUUGACAUGCAACAAGUUCGCAACACCACGAUCACCUUCACCAUGUUUGAUGCGACUGGAAUACAUUGUUGUGAACUGGCCGUUGGACCAUACACCAAGACCUUCUAUGCCCAGGACAUGUUGGGCAAUGACCUCAAGAAUGCUACGUUCUCACACAUCUUCAUCAUGAACCAGCCAUUCUGUGGCUACGCCGCCACAUUGCAUUGUGUCGACAAGUUGCUCAACCCAUCAUCAUACUCAUCGGGUGACGUCUACUACAAUGCGGCCACCAAGGCACCAGUCCAAGUACCCUUUGUUCGAUGCCAGUUCCCAUUCGAUGAGUCCACACCCGUGCCCGUGCAUCUCCAUCUCAACUACGACUACGACGACAACAACAACAAUGCGCCACUCAACACAUUCUACAUCUCGCUCUGGUUCACCCAGCUCAAGCCUAGCGCGGUGCCCUUUGAUCCCAAGCUCAAUCUGGAUUGCGAUGACCCCGACCUAUCGGGCACUUUGGACAUGGUUAAGGACACUACCGAGCUUGAAUUCAAGCUCUUCCGCACGCAACACAAGGACAUACUUACCCUCAAGUCCACGACUUGCAGGCUGUCGUUGUACAUGGACAUCAGUGAGGGAUCGUUCGACUACCCACACGAAGAGCUCAACUUCCUGCUCGGUCGCAAUAAUGGCAACUACCCUAAUCCGGCAGUGAUCCACGUUGCCAACAUGGGCGACUCAAAGCCGCCUGUCGUCGAGUCAGUGACCGCCACAACAUCGGGCAUGGUGACCACAGUCACGGCCACAGUGACAGACGUCUCUGACCUGGCCUACGUCGAGAUCACUCACUUUGACACGAUGCAGCCCGUGUCAUGGGUCGAGUCCCUGUCACCCCUGGCCGACUCACACGACGUCGUCUUCCAGAUCGACGUGACUGAGCAAAACACCCUGUGCGGCGCAUACAACCGUCGCUUCUUUGUUAGCAAGGCAUGUGAUGUGUUUAACAAUUGCCAAGAGUGGUCCAUCAUUGACUCGGAGCUACAAGAGGAGAGGAAGGUACAGAGCUCGACAACAUACACUCCCACGGGCAGUGGACCCUCAAUCACCUCGUUUGACUUUGCGCCACGUGUGGUCGAUCCACGCGUCGGCGCCGAUGUGGUGUUCACGAUGAACGUGGCCAGCGAUGGAGUCAUCCCCCUGUCAAAGAUUGCUCGUCCAGUGGUGUCUGUCUACGAGACACUGUACUUGGAUGGACUCCAAUGCACAAUGGACUUUGUCAACGAUACAUCUAUGACUUGCAACAUCAUGAUACCACCCAACUUUGGCCGUUUCCUCAAUGCCAGCACCAUCUCUGUGAAUGGCUUGGCCAGCGUAUGUGGUGAUGUGCGCGGAUGGACUGCCCCAAUGCUCGCCGCUCGCAGCUUCCCUGACAGGAUCAUCUAUGAUGAUGGCACGCCGGUUAUUACACUGUCGCCAAGUCCCACCACUACGACCGCCACACCAACAGGCACACCAUCGCCUGCCAAGAAUGUCUCGAUCAACCCCGUGCCCAUCGUCAAGUACUCUGACAACAGUUUCAUCUUGACUGGCUCCAACCUGGACACGCUCACCGAGUUGAACAUCUCUGUCUACUACGUUGUGCCACCUGGCGUCCCCAUCCCCGGCUCCAACUCCCGCGCCAGCUCAGGUCGCCGCCACAACAUCGAAGCACCAAUGCUCAUCAAUGGCACUCAGGUACCAUAUCCAUUCAAGUACAAUCCACUCAACGCUACAUUGGCAUUGAUCAACCUUACUCAGAUGCUCACCGUUGACUACCCAGUCUUUGUGGAGAUCAAGGGCCAGGCACAGCAACAACAGAAUGUCCCAGUCUACUUCUGUCCGAAUGACUGCACAUCCGCAAAGAAUGGCCUGUGUCUGAAGAAUGGCACAUGUGUGUGUGGCACCGAAUGGACUGGCAUCGACUGCUCCAUCAGCAAGUUGGUCAAGUGUCCAAGCAACAGUCCGGACAACCUGUGCUCGAACAAAGGUUCCUGCUCAGUGUCCAUGUUGUGCCAGUGUGGCCCAGGCUGGAAUGGACCGGGUUGCGAGGUCGCAGCCCCACUGCCCACGGCUGACAAGCCAAGCCCACUGGGCGUGCACAUGGGCGAUACCAACCAGCCAACAGUGACCUUUGACAACUUUGAUGAGUUGGUCAACAGCGAAAGCAACGACAAUGGCACAACGACAACAGUCAAGGUAUACAAGUCAUCCAGCUUCAAGGUCCAGUUCCUGUCACUGCGCGAGAUCAACAUCAACAACGAUGUGGUAAUCGAACACUUCUUUGAUCAGAUGGACAUCGAGAGGAAGGAGGACAAUGUGUAUGAAUACACAGCACCCAAGCAAUCAGGAGCAGUUGGCACCAUCAAGGUCACACUCAAGCGUUACUUGUCCGCCGACUCAUUCCAAUGGAUCAACGAGACUGUCACACUGGCACCCAACACCGUCAAGUAUGGUGUGUCGUUCAAAGGAUACCCAUUCAAGUCCAAGCUCAACAGUCUCCAGCUGACAUGGUUGAUGGAGGCCAGUGGCGAGGCUGGAUGCAAGUACAACAGCGACCUGCCAUUCCUCUCUGGAACUGAGAGUGACAUCAGAUACGUCGUCCUUCCACUUCACCAACUCAGUCUGUUUGGACGAUUCCCCAACACAGUCAUGGUCGAUGGUCGUCCAGCCCUAGUAUCCAACAAGAAGAUCUCAUCCAACACUACCACAGUUGAGAUAGGUGUAGAGAUACCCUACUUCACACAACUUGAUAUUGAUCCAGACUUUAGUGUACUUGUAAAUCUUAAUGAGGGUCGCAAGGAACCUGUGUGCGCCGCAAGUAGUACAUCGGAUAGGAGGUGGGUUCUCAUUGUUGCCAUUGUCGUGCCGGUUGUUAUAGUUGUAUGUGCCAUUGUAGCAGGUGCCAUCUAUUACUUCAAGUACCGCUCAUCAGGACGUCUGGCAGUGUUCCAUCUCAAGAAAAUGACAAGUCUUGGAAAGUAUUAG